CCAAAAAAAAAAAUGAAUAAGGAGAAGAAUACUCUAGAUAAUUACAUAUAUCUCUCUCUCUCUCUCAUUCUCUUAAAGUAUGUACUCUCACUAUUUUUAGACAAUAUAUAAACUUAAAUGCGAUCACCCUUUUCUGGCUAGCAGCUGAUAUCAUGUUGAACCUCAUUAGUUUCCUCCGGCGUCGACUCCGGAAAGCCAGAAUCUCCGUCAACCACCACCGCUCUCGUGAUGGCUCCACCCUUGGUUCCCCUGAACGCCAUCAUCAUCAUCAUCAUCAUCAUCAUGUAUUUUCAUCCGCAGCCGCCAUCCACCCAAACCCGGAGAAAGCCAUCACAGUGGCCACCUUCAACGCUGCUAUGUUCUCCAUGGCUCCCGCCGUUCCCAACAACACGGGUUUGCUGCCACUCCGCUCCAAGUCAUCCGUUGACCGCCCCAAGAGCAUACUCAAGCCCAUGAGCCCCGCCUCCUCCCCUUCUCAUCAUGACUCCAGAAAACAACAACAACUGAGGUUUGCCAAAUCCAGGCUAAGGAGGGUUUCUAUCAAUCUCCCCGACAACGAGAUCAGCCGCCAGCUCAGCUUCCGGGAGGAUCCUCAGCACUCUCCCCUCAGGGCUUCUUCUCUCUCUUUCUCCGGAGAGAUCGGUCUCAGGAGCACCAGAACGGCUCUGGAAGUGCUCAGGGAGCUAGACGCAGACGUGCUGGCUCUGCAAGACGUCAAGGCCGACGAGGCUGAUCAAAUGCGACCACUCUCGGAUCUCGCCGCCGCGCUGGGGAUGAAUUACGUCUUCGCCGAGAGCUGGGCGCCCGAGUACGGCAACGCCAUUCUCUCCAAGUGGCCCAUCAAAAACUCCAAUGUUCUGAGAAUCUUCGACGACACUGAUUUCAGGAACGUGUUGAAGGCGAGCAUAGAUGUUCCGGGGAGCGGGGAAGUGGAAUUUCACUGUACUCAUUUUGAUCACUUGGACGAGAAGUGGAGAAUGAAGCAAGUUGAUGCUAUUAUCCGAUCUACCAACGUACCUCACAUACUCGCUGGUGCUCUCAAUUCUCUCGACGAAUCCGAUUACUCCCCUGAGAGAUGGACCGACAUCGUCAAGUAUAAAGAUAUCUCAUGGCCGGGGCUCCUGUGA